ACAGACUCUGACAGCUGCUAACACUCACGGAUUUCACCUGAUCUCCAGAGCAUUUGGGAGUUCGAUAAGAGCUUUACGAUGGCCAACUUUGGAGGACACGCCAUUCCUGGUGCCUUCUUCCUGUUUUAUGGCUUUUGGCUGACAGUGAAACACACUCUCCAAAAAUACUGGAGGACGAGUCAGCCCAACGGAAGACAGGGCAUGCCACCUUUAUUUAAAAAGUUGGACUACAUCGAAGGAGGAUUCACAAUAUUUGCUUCAUUUGUGGGUAUUAUGGUGGAGCAGUUUGUGGUGGAUGGGCCACACGCCCACCUGUACGACAGAGACAACAAAAUGUGGGUGAAGCUGAUGAACUGGCAGCACGGCACCAUGUAUCUGUUCUUUGGGAUCUAUGGGAUAGCAUUGGUCACCAGCACCAAAUCCAAACAGGUGCCACCUGGCGUUGACCGCCUUACUCUCUCCAUCGCUCUUUUUGUGGAAGGUUUUCUGUUCUAUCACCAUUUGCAUAAUCGCCCCCCCCUGGACGCCCACAUCCACUCGCUGCUGCUCGUGGCCGUGUUUGCUGGAUCAGCUAGCACCAUGUUGGAGGUGUUCAUGAGAGACAACUUUGUUCUGGAGAUGCUCAAGGGGUGUCUGUUCAUCCUGCAGGGCUCGUGGUUCUUCCAGAUUGGAUUUGUUCUGUACCCUUUAAACGGAGAAGAGUGGGACUUGACAAUGCACAACAACAUCAUGUUUGUCACGAUGUGCUUCUGCUGGCACUUAGCUGUCGCCCUUCUUCUGGUCGCCUGCACAGUGUGUGUGGUUUCUUGCACAGUGAGGAGAUUCUCAGGAAAGGGACAGGACAUAGAAAUCGGAAUGAGAAACACAUCCUCAAGUGCAGGUUGCCAGAAAGCUUUGCUUGAAGAGUCUGAUGAAGAGUGAAGGCUGUGUUUUGGUUCUUCGGUUUUUUAUUUAAUUUUCUGUUUGUGGUUUGUGUGUAUCUCAAGCUACUGUUUGCACAAUGUCGUUUAGAUUUUUCUUUGGUAAAAAAGAACAAAUGAAAAAAAAAGAAUCUAUCUGUUAUUAUGUUUUAUUUAACGACUGGUAAGAGACCUAAUGAUGUACAAACAAAAAAUAAGUCAAACAAGUCAAAGUAAGUCCAACUCACUUCACACAUACCAAUAUUGUAUUCCAUCACACAUUUAAUGAAAUGACAAACACAAGAUUCAAGUGACAGUCAUAAAGAAAUUGGAAACUUGUGCCUUUGAAGCAGAUGUUGGUAAAAUAACCACAGAACAGCAGUUAUUUCCAAAGUUUGUCGACAAUUGAAAGGAAAAUGUAGAAUAUCGAAUCUUGACUUUUUAUGAUUGCAAUUGUAAACUGCCUGAUUUAGCCUAUUUAUGUUUUUAUUACUUUUCCGCUACAGCAAAUCAAAUUAAAUAGACGAAUAAUGAAAACUUCAGUCUGAACGCAAUUACAGAAAAGAAAGGUGUUUCUGGCUUUUUUUACAGAUUGUCCAACAUGGAAAAUAAAGGCUUAUGACAUACUGUAACAACAAUGUUAUAAAGUAGAAUUUUCAGUCAAAUCACCAAAUGCAGGCAUGUUGGUAAUGGAGUGGACCUAUGCUUCACUGCUGAGCAGGUAGGAUCACUGUUUAGGAGCCGUUGGGGGAUCAGGUGCACAUUUGGGUGACGGUGCCGUUGUGACCACGACCGUGGAAACUGAUUUCGGAGAGCCCGUGGCCAUGUGCUGCUGGAGCUGCUGAGCCUGAACCGUCUGGAUGCGGACCUAGAGGAAGAAAGAUAGUUCACCCCAGGUGGCUCCAUGUUUGUUUGAGAAGCUAUUAAGCAUUUCCUUAUAGGUAAUAGUCAUAUAUAUAUAUAUGACCGCAUGUAAUCUUACCUGUGUGGCCUGUCCUUGCUGCUGAAGCUGUUGGAACUGUUGUGCUGUGACGAAGCUGACUGGUUUGUUUCCUGCAAUCAGCUUUGUGCCAGCAGGCAUCGUGGUGAGGAUGAUGUUCCUGCCCAGACUGCUGAGGCUGCUCAGAGAAGAGAAAUGAAAAUAAAAGACACAAAAAAACCCAACAUGUUAGUUACUUAGAAGCUGAAGAGAAAUUAUGUCAAAAGAAAUAGUUUGUAAAUGUAGCUGCCAUCACCUUGACAUAUUGACAAUCAUUGCAUUGAAUCUCACAACAAAUUUAAAUAAAA